UAACGGCACUCUUUUUGUUUGGGCUGAGCGGUCCUCAGCUGUCCGGCUGUACGGGCGCAGAAAAAUGUGGCUAAUUUGGCCGUUGAGGUGCAGGGGGUAAUGAAAGUUUCGGUUUUGAGGCAAGGGUCCUGUCAUCUGUAUUAAAUUUCUUUGAACUCCUCGUUAGAAGACCACGCGCGACUUCACCAUGAAUAUGCACUUUAUAGGAUCCAGCAACGUCACGCUGUUGUUUGACUUCUGGGAUGUGCGUGGACCUGCAGGCAUGGUGUUGUCGGUCUUUGUCGUUCUACUGCUCACGGUGAUCUACGAGUUUCUGAAAGUCUGGAAGAUCACUAUUGGAAAACGGAAUCAAGCCUCCGUUAAGCAAUCAUCCGCUCCGGUGUCUUUCUCACCUGAAGCGUCUUGUUUUGCUUCCGUCAUGAAGCAUCAAGAAGGAAGUUCUUCUCUGACCAACAGCCCCUCCGAGAUCUCAUUAGCCGCCACUGCUAAGAAAAGCUGGCUUCUACACUGCCUCCUGACCGCCAUACACAUCCUGCAGGUGGCGCUAGGCUACAUGCUCAUGCUCUGCGUCAUGUCCUACAAUGUUUGGAUCUUCCUGGGGGUCGUCCUAGGAUCCGUCUUGGGAUACUUCCUGGCUUUUCCUCUGCUCAAUCACAUUUGAGAAGACACA